CAACAAACCCAGCAGGUAUAAAAAGGCAACAUGUGGGUUUCUUUUUCUGCAUAGCCUUUCACACUGUGUCAGAGCCUUUGUGUCUGAGAGACAGAAGCAGAAUGGAGAAGUCCAGGAAAAAAUUUAAUGAUCUUGUAGAAAAGGCAGAAGCGGCUGCCUGUACAAUGCGUCGUGAUGAACUGCUGUUUUCUUACAAUGGAAUUCUCUACCCUACCACUCUUUGUAGUCCUGAAACAUUCAGAGCCUUGGAGUCCUUUGAAGCCAGAAGUGAUGAUAUCAUGUUGGCAGCAUAUCCUAAAUGUGUGGUCUGGGGAUGCUACUUUGAAUACCUUUCCCAAUGGAACAAAUAUGCUGAUGAAGAAAAUGUUAUGACAAUAACUUAUGAAGAGCUAAAAGAGAAUCGUCUCCUGGGUGUGAAAAAGAUAGCUGCUUUCUUAGAGAUUUCACUGACUGAGGAAGAGCUUCAGCUUGUGGUAGAGAGGAGCAGCUUUCAGGCAAUGAAGAAGAACUCUCAGAAGACCCAUGGGGCAAUCGGCGACAUUGUCUUUCGCAAAGGUAGGAAACUGCAAGUGGUUCAGAGGUAGGAAUGUCACCUUCUCAAGAACUUGGGCCUUUCUUAGCUUCUUUUUUUUGCACACAUAUUAUGAUUGCAAGUUAGUCUCAAGCAGGUGAUCA